AUGGUGGUGCAGGCGGAUUUCAGCAGGAGCGACGACAUUGCUGGGAGCCGCUCUGGCAGCAGCAACCUGGGGUGCCCUGCGGCCCAGCUGUUUGUUGACGCUCCACAGGUGCGGGGGCUGACGGGGUACCGGGAGCGCGCGGAGGUGGAGAGCAACUGGCGGGCGGGGCGGUGCAGCUGGGCGCGGCUGGAGGGCCACCGGGACUACGUCAGAUGCGCGCAGCUGCAGGGCAGCCUGCUGGCCACCUGCAGCGGCUCCUACAUGCAGCGCGACUGCAGCAUCAGGCUGUGGGAUGUGGACGGCGGCGCAUGCCUCGAGCACAUGGCCGGCCACCGGGGCCCCAUAUGGAGCAUGCAGUUUGACGGUCGCCGCGUGGCCAGCGGCGACGACGAGGGCGGCGUGCGGCUCUGGGACACGCAGUCUCACAGGGUGGGCGUGGCGUCUGCGCUGGAGCCCCACUCAGUCAAGUGCCUGUCCCUGGACGGCUGUCAGCUGGCGGCGGCAGGGGAGUCGGGCCUGCUGGCGCUGUGGUCGCUCAGCGCAAUUCAGCAUGCGCUCGAUGAGCAGCACCAGGGCGUCGACGCGAUGGAUGCGUCCCAGGAGGGCGACAGCGAGCUGCCCUGCUGGGAGCCUGUGGCCCUGGAGGCGGCGGGAGUGCGCCCCUGCCUGGCUCGCCCGCCGCAGCCGCCCGGCGCCGGCCUGCCCGCCGACACCAGCUGCGUGCAGGUCGACGGUGGCCUCUGCGCAGCUGGCGAGUCUGGGGCCGGACGCGUGCAUCUGUGGCGCACCGCUGACGACGAGCUGGAGUACCGGCGCGGGCUGGCGCUGCCGGGGGAUGCCGGCGGGGUGGCCACCCUCUCCUUCCAGCGCCCCACCGGCUGGCUGGUGGCUGGCUGCGGCAGCGGCCUGGUGCGGGUCGGCGAGGCGCUGCGCGACCUGCUCGGCCACAUCGCCGACGUGCUGUGCCACCAGCAGAGCGGCGGGCGGCUGGCCACGGGCGGCGCCGACCGCACGGUGCGCCUGUGGGACCUGCGGUCGGGCCAGCGGGAGGCCACGCACGUGCUGCAGCUGGGAACCUUCCCCUACUGCCUCCAGCUGGACGACUGGCGGCUGGCGGUGGGCUGCGGCAACGGCACGGUUCAGGUGGCGGACUUGCGGCGGGCCGGCGCCACCAGCGGCAAGCUGGUUUCGCACACGCUGCUGCCAGCACACCAAGAGCGGGUGUGGGCCCUGGCCCUCAGCGACUCCCGCCUCGUCAGCGCCAGCCUGGAUGCCGAGAUCGUCGUGCGUUCUUUCCACCCCGCCCACAUUGCCGACGUGAAGGCGGGCAGGCUGAGCGGCUUCUGCUCGGCUGUGGCGCAUGGCGGCACGAGCUCCGCUUCCACCCAGGAUCUUGAAGUGGACUCGGCUUAUGGCGGCAGUGGCUCCGAGGAGGAGGAGGAUGAGGAGGCAUCUUCAGAUGAGGAGGAGGAUGAGGAGGCAUCAACAGAUGAGGAGGACGAUGAGGAGGCAUCUUCAGAUGAGGAGGAGGAUGAGGAUGAGGAGAGCAGCGAUGAGGAGGAGGAGGCCGAGGUUGCAUGA